AUGAUUUCACCAUUCCCAUCAAGUCCACAAAAAUAUCCAUCUGAGAAAAAUGUUUCUGAAAAAUCAGCUGAAUUUAAUUCACAAUCACUGAAUUCUAAUUCAACUGCUUUAAUUGAUACAAAAAGCUCAUCAUUUACUGAACAAUUCAGUCUCACUGCACCAGAUACAUUCAGUGAUGGAAUGUGGUUAUUAGAUCGUUCCGAAGGUGAAGCACCAUAUCCAGUGCCAUAUAAUAAAUUGAAAUUAAUUAUGUCUAAUAUGGAACCAAUUCGAAGUUCAACAACGAGAAGAAAUAAUUCUUUAACUCAAACAUUUAGUUUAUCUAAAAGUACUUCAAAUUCUUCAAACAGUUCUUCAUCCGAUAAUACUAAACAAUUAAAACAAGAUGAAAUUAGUCCAGGACAAUUACCAAAUGUAUUAACUACUAAACAACAAUAUUCAAAUGAUAAACAAAUGAAUCCACUUAACAAUCCAUUACUUCAUUUAUUAGCAUUAAAAAAUUCGAAUCAAAUUAAAAGAAAUCAACUGUCACAUUAUGAACAUGAUGAAAUGAAUAAACUAUUAAAUCAAUUAAAACAAAUUCGUCAAUAUUCUAAUAAUAAUGAUAAUAAUAAUAAUACUAUUAUUCAUUCACCUAGUCUUGAAUGGUUAGCCAAUCUUUCUGGUAGUCCAUUACCACAAUCGAAUUUAAAUCAAUUAAAAAAUGUUAAACAUUGUAAAUCUAAUAUGAAUUUAGUAAAUUCACCUAUUAAUAAAUUGAAAAUUGAAUCAUCUACAUCAAUAGAUGAUAAAUUAAGACAAUCAAUGAAACAAGAUCAUUCAAAUAAAUCAAAUCAUUCUACACAUGAAAAUGAUAGUUCGAAAAUUUCGAUGUUACGUCAAGUGGAACUUGUUCACUCAGAUGACAGUGAAGCGACAACAAUUGAUGAUGAAACUUAUGAAGAUGAUUUUACUGGUGAACAAACUAAUUAAAAUAAGUAUUUAAGGGUGAAUAUUUUUCAAUAAAAUGAUCAAGUUUGGUUGAGUGUUUCCAUGUAUGAAAAUAUGAUUUUGAUAUCAUGAUGAUAUGUUUAUUACAAAAGAUGUUUUCUUUUGAAGAUUUCUGUGAUUUCACUUACAAAAAAUCAUAAAAUUAAUUAUAAUUUAUAUAUUUCUGUUAUGUUUUAUUUUCAUUUCGUUCCAGUUACUUUUUACGUUUAUAAUUAAUGAAAUAAAUGUUUUCAGUAGACAAUAAUGAGUUGAAGCAGUAUUACUCAAGUAGUUAUAUAUAUAUUAUAUCAUCACUUAUUAUUAUUAUUUGAAAAAGUUUUGAAAUCAUAAAAACACUAUUUCAUCCUAUUGUUUACAAUCAGUUCCAUACAAGCUCAUAGUGAAUAUAUAUUAUUUGUAAGG